CGGUGAGGCGCGUGUGCGUGCUUCCUUCUCCAGAGUUGUAGUUGAAGCAGCUCAUCAGCGUUUAGCUUCGCUGCUAAAUUAGCCGCUAACUGGCUUCCACCGCUGGAUAGAUCAUCGCUGUCACCCCCCUGUGUUCGGAGAGGAGUCCAUCUUCUGGCGAGAUCAUGUCAGAUUUCUCGCUGCUAGAUGCCUUAGGAGAUGAUGCUCCAAGCCAGGCAAAGAAAAUAGGCAACACUAACCCGACAGCCCCUGCCGGCAACCCUCCACCUGCUGCAAACCCAGGAUGGCCUGGUUCAGCCCCAGGAGCUCCCACCCAGCCCACUGCUCCGGUCGACUUCGCUGGAGGAUCAUCUGGCCCAGGGGCACCAGGGCAGUUUCCCUUCCCCUCCGGUCCUGGAGCACCAGGGCAGUACCCAGGACCUCCUUCAGCCCCCGGUGGGUUCCCCCCGGGUCCUGGGAUACCUGGACAGUAUCCAGCACCAGGAGCUCCGGGGCAGUUCCCCUCCAGCCCCGGGGCCCCUGGGCAGUUCCCUGGGCAGUAUCCGCCUGAAGGCGCUCCAGGACAGCUACCUGGAGGUCCCGUUCCCUACCCAACCGGACCAUUUGCUUCAGGCCCUGGAGCUCCCCCUGGUCCUUAUCCAAAUGUGCCUUUCCCUGGUGGUCAGCCGGGAGGCGGCAAUGGCAUGUAUGGACCAGGUGGUCCAGGCGCAUUCCCCCCUCCAGCUGGCCCUGGCUCUUUCCCUGCAUUCCCAGCUGGAGGUUUCCCCCCAAUACCACCUGGGUCCUGGGGACCACCUGCAGGUGGAGGCUUCCCCCCUGCCCCUGGCAGCUUUGGUCCUGGUCCAGGGCCCAUGGCUCCAUAUGGUGGCCCUGCUGCUCCAGGAGGCUCGCUGAUGGUGCCAUAUGAUCUCCCGCUUCAUGCUGGAAUGAUGCCGCGACUUUUAAUCACAAUAAUCGGGGAGCCUGUUCCUGGUGCAGACAGGUUCAAUGUUGACUUCAUCAAAGGUUCAGAUGUUGUCUUUCACUUCAACCCUCGAUUCGGCGAGCAAACGAUUGUCAGAAACUCCAACCUCGGUGGAUACUGGGGUCCAGAGGAGCGGGAAGGAGGCUUCCCGUUUGUUCAGGGGCAACGUUUUGAGCUGAAGAUCCUGGUGGAGGAGGACAUGUUCAAGGUGGCCGUGGACGGCACCCACCUGCUGGAGUACGAGCACAGAGUGGGCGGCCUGGAGGAGGUGACUCUGGUGCGAGUGGUCGGAGACAUCAUCCUCCACAGCGCCGCCCCGAGCAUGAUCUGAGUCCGUCGCACCGGAGCCCGACGUCAAACUUUAACCGAUGUGUUUGAAAUCUUUUCAGAUACUUUUGAUGGAGUUUGAGAGGCACUAUGAGUCAGCGAAGUGCAAUCGUUGCCCACAUGGCACAUUUAUCGCAGAACAGAUGGCAGAUUAACCCAGGUCUGCACUCUUUAAUCCUUGUUUCUUUUACUUUUUUUUGUUUUUUUUUUACUGGAUGACAUCUCAUUUCAUAGCCACUCACAACCCAAAUAUAUUUUCUGACAUGAUAGUAUUCAAGUAGUGAAUGGGCUGAAGUAAAACAGAUAUUUUCAGAAUGAACUAAUUUAUACCUAAUGAGAAGAUUGUAGGUUACGUGGAAAAGUGUCCCAAACAUUUCUUCUGUUUUCCACUAGAAUGCUGUUCAGUUUACAUGUACGUUUAUGAUUCUGUCCGUUAUAUCAGACCAUGAUAAGCCUUUCGUAAUGCAUGAGAGUGUGAUGCUGAAAGUCAACUUCCUUUUCACCGUUUUUACUUCAGUGCUGGUCGACCCCCUUCCGAGACUCGCCGGCCUGUUAAAGCACAGUAUGACGGGAGUUUCUGAAAAUGUAUUUAUAUGCCGACUCUCCUCCUGAGCUCUCGGACUGGAGGGCCGCGUGACGUUUUUGCGAAUUAUGAUUUCAUGUUGAAGUCGAACCCGAUAGCUGUAAAAAAAGAAAAAGAAAAAGAGGCUUGAAAGAAAAAUGUGGCAAAAUGAAGCGGAGGGACGAUGGUGGUGGUGGGGGGUCUCUGAUUUGUUGCCAAAGAUACCAGUGGUACAGUAUUUAGAGAUUAUAAAUAAAAGGGCAACAAACAAAUAAUGACUGAUAAAAGCUGUUUGAUCCAGAAUGUUGUACUUUUCAUGAGCUACCUGCCUGCACACAAUAAAUACUGGUUUCCCUGUU